AAUUCACCACUUUAUGCCUAAACUUUUCCUGUGUGUAAGUUCUCUGCUUAAAACGUUCACAUAGCUCAUUUAAGAUUAAAUUAUGUAAGCAAAUAGUGUUUUGAUUAUUAACAGUUCACAAAUAGUGAACAACAUAAAUCAAACAGUGACAAGGUGGCAGAAAAAUAUGAGCCAAAUGAACUGUUAUUAACAGCAGGGACUCAGUUUUUCGUUCCGCUCAGUGAAUCGUUCAAUCGAACUUUUCCGUACAACUCGCCUUAUUAUUUUUCACCAGCACAAGUUAAGUUGGAAAAAGGCAAUUGAAAAUAUUAAAGUCGGCCUGCAGAAUGAGCGCGCCGAGCAACAAAAUGUCGGCAACAGAUCAGAUGCGUGCUAUGCUGGACCAAUUGAUGGGUACCACGCGAAACGGCGACGAUGGACGCGGCCUCAAAUUCUCAGAUGCACGCGUCUGCAAGUCUUUUCUGCUGGACUGUUGCCCACACGACAUCCUGGCAUCCACGCGCAUGGAUCUUGGUGAGUGUCCCAAAGUGCAUGAUCUGGCUUUUCGUGCAGAUUACGAAAGUGCGUCCAAGUCGCGUGAUUACUACUACGAUAUCGAGGCCAUGGAGCAUCUGCAAGCAUUCAUUGCGGAUUGUGAUCGACGCACAGAUUCGGCUAAGCAAAGGCUGAAGGAGACGCAGGAGGAGUUGACGGCCGAGGUGGCCGAAAAGGCAAAUGCAGUCCACAGUCUGGCGGAGGAGAUUGGCAAAAAGCUGGCCAAGGCCGAGGCACUUGGAGAAGCUGGCGAAGUGGAAGACAGCAUGGAACUGAUGAAGGAAAUUGACGAGCUGCGCGGCAAGAAGAUCAAAGCCGAGCACGAAUACAGAACCUCAAUGCCAGCCUCAACCUACCAGCAACAGAAGCUACGCGUCUGCGAAGUGUGCUCCGCCUACUUGGGCAUACACGACAAUGAUAUCCGUCUGGCGGACCACUUUGGUGGUAAGUUGCAUCUGGGCUUUCUCACCAUACGCGAGAAGCUCAUCGAGCUGGAAAAGACAGCAGCACCGCGCAAGGCAGAACUUAAGCGCUCGGGUAAGAUACCAGAUCGCGAAGAGGACGGCAGAGGCAGAAAUCGGUACUUUGUAGGUGGACGCGAGCUGGACCGGCGAUCGCGUGUACAUCGCUCUCGUUCCAGGGAGCGCCAGCGGCAGCGCGAUGCAGAAAAACAAACUAAUGACAGAUCGAGCGAUAGAAGCGCCGAGCGGGCCAAUGUACGAGAAGUUGAGAGCGAACGAGCCGCGCCCCGUGGACGCGAAGCUGAUGGGCGCGGCCUCGGACGCGGAGGUGGGGGAGGAGGAGGAGGAGGUGGUGGUGGCCCCGACAACAACGCUCGAGAUAAUCGCGAUAAUAGAGAUCAGCGCGAUGUGAGAAGGGAUAGAGAUCGUAACAUGCGCAACGACAGAGGACGUUUCGGUGGUGGUGGCGGAGGAGGCGGUGGUGGAGGAGGAGGAGGCGGUGGCCCGAAUGAUCGUCGCAAUGAUAGACGUCGCUCCCGCUCGAGAGAUCGUUCGCCGCGCGAUCGCCGCAACUUCAACAACAACAAUUUCGGCAACAGGCGACGCUCCUUCUCCCGCGAACGCCAUCGCCGCUAAAUAUGUGGAGAGGCAGCAACGGAAUCUAGUUGCACACGGCAGUGUCCAGCGCACGUACGUAGCAUUAAUAACCAACCACAACAGAAAACAAAAACAAAAACAAAACAACAACAACAACAGCAACAACAAAAUACCAACCAACAAUAGAGCAGCAGAAAUUAACUAAUUGCAUUAUUAUUUAAUUAAUAAAUGACUUAAAUACACAGCUAGACAGCAAUAUAGAUAUUUUUAUAAAAUAUUAUUAAUCCUUAUCUUUGAUUUUCAUCCGUGUUCACUAACAGAAAAACAGACAAACAAACAAACAAACAAAAACUGUAAGCGGAAACUUAAACAAAUUGUUAAGUAAAUAAUACAUGAAAAUUUAAUAGUUCGACAGCCGCCCCCUCCGGCAAGUUGAGUUGUAAAUGUACGGUACGUAGAGCCCGAAUGUCCCGAGUAACCCGUAAUUUUACAGUCCUAAUUGUGCCCAGCAAACAAAUAUACAACAAAACAUACCAAAUUGAGCUAUAUAUAAUAUCUCUCAGCACGGUCCCCCGGCUGUGGGGCGUGUCGGCCCCCUGUGCGUAAUGCUGUACGAGUAUUGUCGGCCCGUUAGGGUAAGCCUCUCUCACACUCUCAUUCAAACUAUAAAUUGUAACCUUAAAGCGUUUUUCUACUUGAAGUCACUUUGCAGCCUAAAAGCCGUAAAGCUCUGGGUACGUAUUGAGUGCAUAAUACAUUUAAAAAAAAAAAAAAAAAA